AUUUAUAAUGCAAGAAAAUUAAGACUUUGAUCCUGAGUUUCCUGUUCCACCUGUACUAGAUUCACCUAAAUCAUAAGAAUAUCAGAAAGUAUAUAUUUAUGGAACAAUAUUUAGUUACAACAAAAAUACUAGGCCAUCAAAUAAAUAGUGAUGUCAAGUGAAAAUUCGAAGAACCCUGCUGAAGUUUUACAAAAAUUGCAAUCUUUCUUUAAUGGUCGAUAAGGCAAAUUAGAAUCAUAAUCAGAAUAAACAUAACCGGAAAUGUUGAAGAGUGCUAAUGUUUCUAGGAGAUUUAUUUUUUAAAAACCUGGAACUGCAAACAAUCUGAAUUAUACUCAAGAACUUGAAAAAUAGAAUAUGACAUUGAAAUAAAGAAUAAUUAAGGUUUCUUAAGCAAGGGAAAAUGAUACUAAUUAAAUUUAACUUGAAUAUAACAAAAUGAAGGUAAGAGUAGAAAAUUUAGAAAAAGAAAAUAAAAAAUUAAAAUCAGAAUUCUAAAAAUGUUACACUUAAUUAAAAGAGAUGAAAUAAGAGAAAGAAGAAGAAGAGAAAAUGAAAUGGCAUAGAGAAGCAGUUUCAGAUAAAAACCCAUAUUUAAUGGAUGAAUUUAGAAAGAAAUUAGAUGAAAAAGACAAAGAAAUUAAAAGAUUAUCAAAAAACCUUAAAAAAGUAAGAAAUACUUUCUAAUAUUAAUUAGUUCACUAUUCUAGAAAAAAAAUUGUGGGUAAAAGAGAAGGCAUUUGAAGUAGAAAGAAGUGAAUAUUUAGAUAGAAUUUUAUAUUUAAGUGGAAGACUUGGUUUAACAAAAUUAGAAUGAAUGC